AUUUUAAAUCUUUACUAGUACGGACAAGUACAUUUCAUAGACUCGUCCAUUUAAACUCCAAAGACUUAAUUUGUGCGAAGUCAAAUAGCAAGGAAGGGGUUUACAAAUACCUGUACAGCUAAGUAUUUAUUAGCUAGGUGAAUUUCCUGUUUGGGAACAUAAUAUACGAAUGUCAACGUUCUGAAAACCGAAAGUAUAUGUAGGUUUUUCGAUUUGUUCAUCAUGCAUAAAGUGCCCCAAUAUGACGACGAACCACCGCCAUCCUACGAUUCCCUGUACGGUAGAAUUAAAAAGGCCAAAGUUGAGUCAGACAGCAAUGUUGGAUUCGCCAGAACGGUAGCUACUUUGCUAUUUACAUCAGUCGGAUGCACCAUUUGUUUAAUACUGAUCUUGGCAGUCCCAGUUGCAAAUAUUGUUAUUGGUGCACUUUAUCUGGACAAAUGUCCAAUACAGCGGUACAUUCCUAUAUACAUGAUUGUGUCUGGGGCCGUGGGGAUUGUAUACAAUGUGUUUGGCAUCCUGAAGAAGAUGGCCAAGAGAAGUGAGGAUGAGGAUACUGAGGAACGCCCGGGGACCUUCACCAGUGUGUGCAGCUGUGUCUUUGGCUGUUUUCUGUUUGCUUGGUUCAUUGCAGGUAACGUAUGGAUCUACAGUAUUUACGAUGAAUGGUCUUCAGACCCGGCGUCCGGGAUCAAGUAUUGCCACCCCACGUGUUACCUGUUCGCCUUCUGGACCACUACGUUGGUCUACAUUCUGAUGGGAGCAUCCAUUUUCUUUGGGUGCUGUUCCGCCUGCAUCGCUGCGUGCUUGGGAUGUUGCAAAGACUGAAUGAAAUCCGUUAUUCUAUAGCGUGAAACAUCUGUAUAACGAGAUUCGGAUACCAUUGUAAAUCUAAUAUGUAACUGUUUUAGAUUAUUGAAUUUAAUAUGUAAAUCUA